AUGCCCGACGACGGCCUCAACCCCUCCAUUGGGGGCCGCUUCUACCGCGCGGGCGAUGCCAUCGAGGAGGGCGAGGAGCUUCGCGUGGAUGCGUCAGCGUACGACAUGCUGCACCGCGCUCGCCUCGAGUGGCCUUGCCUCUCCUUCGCGGUGGUGCCGGACGCGCUGGGCGAGGACCGCGCCGCGUUCCCGCACACGGCCUACUUUGUCGCCGGGACGCAGGCCGAGGCCCGCGGCCAGAAUCGGCUCCUCUGCCUCAAGAUGAGCGCGAUGCACCGGACAAAGCACGACGACGAGUCUGACCCCGAGUCGGACGACGAGGAGGGCGCGGACGAGGACGCUCUCCUCGAGUGCCAGACGAUCGCCCACCCAGGCUGCGCGCCCCACGUGUGCGCCACGUGGUGCGAAGACACCUCCGUCCGGCUGUGGGACCUCUCCCACCAGCUGGGGAACCUGCACGCGCCGGGCAAGGGCGGCGGCGGCGCUUCUGCGCGCGGGGAGCCGCUAAAGACGUUCGGCGGGCACGGCGACGAGGGGUACGCGCUAGACUGGUCGCCGGUCGCGUCUGGGGCGCUCGCGUCGGCAGACUGCGCGGGCAAGAUCCAUGCGUGGCGCGGCUCGGCCGGCGGCGGGUGGGCGGUGGACGCGGCGCCGUACGAGGGUCACGUGGGGUCGGUCGAGGACGUGCAGUGGUCGCCCGUCGAGGCGGGCGUCUUCAUGUCGUGCGGCGUAGACUCGAGCGUCCGCGUGUGGGACCGACGCGCUCGCGACACGUCCGCAGGCGCGUCGGCGAUCACAGUUGACGAGCAGCACGGCGCUGACGUCAACGUCAUCUCGUGGAGCAAGCAGGUCAACUACCUGGUUGUGUCUGGCGCCGACGACGGCUCCUUCCGGGUCUGGGACUUGCGUUCGAUUCGCUCGGGGGAGCCGGUUGCGCUCUUCACGUGGCACCGCGGCCCAAUCACCUCCGUCGAGUGGUCGCCACACGAGUCGUCGACUAUCGCCGUCACGCUCUGGGAUCUGGCGCUCGAGGACGACCCCGAGGCCGACUCGGCGGCGCGCGGGCGUGACGACUUGCGUGACCUGCCGCCGCAGCUGUACUUUGUCCACUGGCAUCCGCAGAUCCCGGGCGCCCUUGCCUGCACGGCUGCCGACUCCUUCCAUGUCUUCAAACCGGCCAACUUUGGCGACGGCCAAAAGUAG